UUUGCAUUUUUAUUUCAGUCGGCGUGCGGAAAGCAAAUACACAUUUUUUUAUCAAUUUUAAUUUAUCGACUGGUAAAGGCGGUUAAGCAAAGGACCAAAAUAUAAGAUAUUUUAAAGGAUAACAAUAGUGAUACUGAAGCGCUUAAGUAAAAAUUAGUUAAAACUUUGUGAGAAGAACCAAGAGAAAAAUGACUGACUCAGGUAAAAAAUUAGCUGAGUUACGUGUGUGCGAUCUCAAGGAUGAGCUGGAAAAACGUAAAUUGGACGUUGUUGGCUCAAAAGCCUCGUUGAUUGACAGGCUGGAAAAAGCUUUGAAAAGGGAGGGCCAUGAUCCAGCCAAAUAUGUAUUUGGAGGUAACCAAAAAACAGUAACACCUAAAAAACCGCUUUCUACACCAAAGACCCCAACUGGAGCAGCCAAAGCAAAGUCAGCUGAAAAACCAAAAGUGGCAGAAAAGAAAGCAGAAGCCAAAAAGGCAGAACCCGAACCCGAGCCAGAGCCUGAAGAGGAACCAGCAGAUGAGGAAGCGGAAAACAACGGGGAAGAUUACAACGAAGGUAACAUGGAGGACAAUAAUGAACACAAUGAGGAUGACGAAAAUAUAGAUGACAUAAUUUCUGAUCAAGUCGGAGAAGUAGAUGAGAUCGAAUGUCAUGAGAAUGGCGAUGAGGAAGAAGCAGUUUAUGAAGAGGAGGCUGAGUUUGAAGAGGAGCAUGUUGAAGCCGAAGGUGGCGGUGGCGAGGAACAUGAAGCUAUAGAUGAAACAUAUGAAGACGACGAGGCUAAUGCAGAUAACGAAAAUGAAGAAGGCAAUAAUGAAAAUGAAGAGGGAAUAAAUUUGACAAUUGGCGAAGACGAACAACAGUUACUGCACGAUGAGGCCCCUGACGAUAAGGAUAAAUCGACGGCAUCAGAAAAGAAGGUGUCUACCAAAGAUUCUAAAUCGGAUAAAUCAUCAGGGAAAGACGAUAAAAAAUCCAGCCACAAUAGUGAUAAGGACAAAAAGAAAGAUGAUAAGUCUAGCGAUAAAAAAGAAAGCGAUAAAACAAAAUCCGGACAAAAAGACGACAAAGAGAAAUCAUCAACAAACAACUCUUCGUCAUCGAAUGCCGCAAACUCAAAAUCCACAAGUGGCAGCAAAACAUCAUCAUCAUCGGCCAAUGCGUCACGCAAUCUCUGGGUAUCCGGCCUAUCCUCAUCCACCCGUGCUAGUGAUUUAAAAACCAUAUUCUCUAAAUAUGGCAAAGUGAUUGGAGCAAAGGUUGUGACCAAUACCCGCACACCAGGUACUCGUUGUUAUGGAUAUGUUACCAUGUCAUCGUCUGGAGACGCCAGUCGCUGCAUCGACCAUUUGCACCGUACCGAGCUGCAUGGGCGUAUUAUUUCUGUGGAACGUACCAAAAAUGAGAUUGGUGGCAGUGGUGCAGCGAAUUCCAAGGAUAGUGGUGGCAAAACAUCCAGCUCAGCACGUUCGGAAUCAAAGAAGAAGGAUGAUGUUAAGAAGUCGGCGGGUGGUGGUAAGGAUAAAGCCAGCAGUGGUGGUGACGCAAGUAAAAAAGACGAUGGUGAGACCGGAAAAGACGACAAUGAUAAGUCGUCCCGUUCAAAAGACGAUAAAAGCAAAGAUUCUACCAAAGGCGACAAGGAUCGUUCUGGAUCCUCAUCGAUUAGAAGGCGGCCCUUGCACACCAAUGACAGCCGCUAUCAAUUUCAACGCCAGCGAGAAAAUCGGGAACGCAUGCGUCAACGAGAGAUUUUGUCCUAUAAGAGAAUACGUGAGGAAAGAGAACGACAACGUCUACGUGAACGUGAGCGCGAAUUACGUGAAGAGGAAAGACGCCGACGUGAGAUUCGAGAACGCCAACGCCAAGAAGAAUCUCGUUUAGCUGAAGAGCGUAGAAAAUUGGCUUUAGAACGUGAACGCUUGGAGCGUGAAAAGGCAGAGCUCUUGCGUUUGGAACGCGAGCGCCAGAAGCUGGAACGAGAAAAACUUGAAUUGGAACGACUAGAGAUAAAACGCCAACAAAUGAAAAUUAUGGAAACUCGUGAUGAUCCUAUCAAACGUUUGAGCAAACGUGAUGAUCACUAUACGGUUGAUCGUAAACGCACUGCCGGCACGGACCGCUUUGAGGCACCUCCUCCACCAAGGUUUGACGCUAGUUUGGAUACAUCCUCAAGAAGUGACCUGUACUUUUCUAGCACUCAUAAACGCGAUGAUUAUGGUUCGUCCUCCUCCAGCAAACGCAUAGAUGAUUAUACAUCGUCAUCCUCUAAGCGAAUCGAUUAUGGCGGUAGUUCUAGUGCGACUAAGCGUUCGGCUGUAGAUGACUUUUCCGAUAUACCAACUAAACGCAGUACGGACGAUUACACCAAACGGGGCGGAGAUUAUAUGGGUUCGUCUUCCUCAAAACGUGGUUUGGACGAUUAUUCAUCAGCAGGAAAAAGCGGUCGUGACGAUUAUAAACGUGAAGUGGAAAUCCGUCAUCUACCGACCAGUGGUGGCGGUAGUAGUUCGUAUCAUUCCAGCAGUUCCAUGCAUAAGAGUGGCAGUGGAGGCGGCGGUCGCUAUGAUGAUCGCACUACGUCGCACAGUUAUAGACGCGUUGAUGACAUGGGAGGCAGCAAACGCUAUGACAGCUCUAGCGGUUUUGGUGGUGGGUCCAGUGGCAACAGUGGUGGCUGGGCUCCCUCAUCAUCAGCUCAUAUAGGAGGUGGUGGAGUGGGUUCAUCUAUGAAGUAUUCCAGCAACGGCAUGUCCUCGACAAUGCAUUCUAGUUCUGGUUGGCCUAAAUCUACCCCAGCCGAUGAGGGCAGUUGGCGUGCAAUACCUUCAACCCAAGAUCGUUACGAUCGUACCUAUAAUGAGCGAGGAAGCGGUGGUUACGCUGGCGGCAGUAGUGGUGGUGGUGGCGGCAUGUAUAACAGUGGUCGCUCUGGUCAAGAUCGUUAUGGUGGUCCCGUCUCAUCGCGUUACUAAAGACGCAGACGACAUGAAUGGUUUCCCCUCCCUCGUAUAUGGAUUGUUGUAAACGUUAAUGUAAACAUUAUCAGUCUCUGGUAGUAAGACCCACUAUUUAAAACCAUAUUAAUUCCUUAUUUGUGUUUUUAUUGUAGUCGGCAUAAAGAAAUGCAUAAGCAGCACUCUGAUUGAAAUAUAAAUAUUUAGCAUAGUUUGCCUCUACUUUUUGCCUCUUUAUUCCUCAUGAAUUAUGUUUUUAUUUUGUUAAGACACAAUGGUUAAAGACGGUAUAACAUUUUUGUUCAAUUUUAUCAUUUCUUUGUUUAUAGCUGUAAGUAUUUACCCUAUGUACAUCAAUCAUUUCAUUAUUGGAGUCAUCUAAAUUACAAUCACCUACUAGUAUGUGUAGUAUAUAUUUUUCCUUUACAAUACAUAUUUAGAUAUAGAAACACAGUACAUUAAUGUAGUGUAUUGUCAAUAAACAUAAAUGUUUAAAAUUA